CAACUAUAUUGUAUAAGUAAUUAAGUGGUAUAGGAUGACCUUAUGGACGUUAUCUAAAGUUGUGACAGAUAUCACCAUUUCUAUGCCAUAUCGGGAUUUUGAGCAGACUUGAAAUUAGACCAGCUAGGUUCUUUCAGGAUAGAAAUUAUGACCUUGACGGUUACCCUGGUGUUUGCCGCCUUUUUUGGUUUGGCUAGCUGUGAUUACAAAUGCGUAUGUAAUUACAACGUCGAAAAAAGUGUGCAGACAUCCCCAUCUGUACAGAGCAAUGUGAUGGGUUAUAUGUAUGAGUUUGACUGUAAACCUCAAGCCGGAGUGUCCGCUGAUGCUGAUUGGCUGCCAGUUGCCUACGAACACAAGUUGGGCUAUGUUGAGGUGGAUAGUCAGCUUCAGGUUCAAACAUGUCCUGGUGCAGUUCCGGACGAGGAUAAACUGCCGACCACGUCAGCACCACAAACAACAACAAUGCCUGUGACAUCAGAGGCACAAACAACAGAACCAAAACCAACUGCACAGACAACUUCAGUAGUUUCUACUUCCCAAAAUCCAACGACGACACAAACAACCACAAUGCCAACAACUUCUACCACAACAGAAGCAUUGACAACAGAAUCAACAACAGUAACAAAUCCAUCAACAUUACCAACAACACAAGUCCCAACAACAAAGAUGAUGCCUACUACAGCUUCUACUACAACAACCACUGUUGCAACAACAAGUGCAACCACAAGAUUACCCACAAGCACGACAUCAACAACCACAGCAACUACAUCAAUUCAAAGUACAAGUACUUUACCAACAACGACGACGACAAAAUUGACCACGACAACACAACAAAUUACCACCCCAAAACCAAGUAUUCUCAAAGGUCAUGUGGAAUUAUGUCCGCAAAGAAUACAGCAGCUUGCCCAGACAAGAGGAGAACUGUUAGCACAGUUUGGACAAAAUUGCUACGAAAUCGUUGACUCAGGAGUAUCAUGGUCACACGCGGAGUCAAUUUGUAAAGGUCAAGGUGGUCAUUUGAUACACAUAGCAAACCAGCAGGAACAGGAUUUUAUUUUUGAUUUUCUUGUAAAGCACCACACGCACACAGUGUGGUUGGGUUUGCAUGAUAGAAACACUGAAGAAAGUUUUGAAUGGACGUCAGGCAAUGCUGUAACAUACGAAAACUGGAAGCCUGGACGAAAAGAUUACCGUUAUCACAACUCCGAAGAUUGUGUAUUUAUGACACAAACUACAGGGGAAUGGGACGAUAUACAAUGCGGUGGUGAUAAGGCUUUCUCUGAGCUAUUUCAGGGACAUCGUCAUGCAUUCAUAUGUCAGUAUGCCGUGAAACCCUCAACAAAUACAAUAACUGUUACUGAUGCUGUAACAAGUCCUUCAUAUGUACACGUUGAUGGUAACACUAACCUUUGUCCAUACGGACUUCAUCAACAAGCCGCAAGGGACAAGGGCACUCUUGCACAAUAUGGACACAGUUGUUACGAACUCGUUCCGAAUGCAAAAGUUUCAUGGCAGCACGCAUCUGAUAUUUGUUCUUCCAGACACGGACAUCUUGUAUAUAUAACUAGUUCACAAGAACAGAAUUUUAUCCAAGGCUUUAUGAUGAGUCAUUUCCCGGAUCAUGCUGUUUGGAUUGGUCUCACAGACCGAAACACGGAGGGACGGUUUCAUUGGGGAUCAAGACAAAAUGCUCAGUAUACAAAUUGGGUUCCGGGACACAUUGCGAACUAUGCAAGCUCUGGUCAGGAAGACUGUGUUGUAUUGAUACCGUAUAAAAAUGGCCAAUGGGAUGAUAUACCAUGUGGGCAUACACAUCACUCCUUGUUUGGUGGCACAUCUUCUUCAGGUGAAACCCAUCCACUUUUGUGUGAAUACAGUAUUUCAACCGGACCUUCAAUCAUUGGUUAAGAACGAUUGUAUCGAUGACAAGUGUUGUGAAAUGUUUUGUCGUGAAUAAAGACUGCUUUGUUU